UCGCGCGAUACGCAUGCGCACACAUACUACUGUCAACAAUGAUGGCGCUGUGUUCAGCUUCUCUACGUUUAAACCUGCUUGUUAAUCGUUGCCGUUUUUACAAAUUCUCCUCAAAUGUCCGGUCGGUGUCUGGAAAUGUGCCAUCUAAACCGGUAACAGCCAGUGUCUCAGAGACCACAGAUGACAAUUUAAUCUACACACGAGACCACUUUGCAUUAAAGGAGUCUCUCAGAAAGAUCAUCGACCAGGAGAUUAAUCCUCAUGUGGAGCAGUGGGAAGCAGAAGGGACGUUUCCAGCUCAUAAAAUCUUCAAAAUCUUAGGAACCGCUGGCAUUCUAGGAGUCAGCAAACCAGUUGAGUAUGGAGGCUUGGGACUUGACUUCAGUUACAGUGUAGCCGUCGCAGAGGAGCUGGGUAACAUCCGCUGUGGAGGCAUCCCCAUGGCCAUUGGUGUACAGAGUGACAUGGCCACUCCAGCACUGGCCAGGUUUGGUUCGCCUGAGCUAAAGAAAGAGUUCCUCCUCCCCACCGUCUUGGGGGACAAAGUGGCCUGCCUCGGAGUUAGUGAAGUUGGAGCGGGGUCUGAUGUCUCAAGUAUUAUGACCAAGGCGGUGAGAAAAGGGGAUGAAUAUGUGAUCAAUGGAGGUAAGAUGUGGACCACCAAUGGUACCCAGGCUGACUGGAUGUGUCUCCUUGCCAACACCAGUGACGGCCCCCCACACAGGAACAAAUCUCUCAUCUGUCUGCCCAUGAACCUGCCAGGAGUACACGUCGCCCGCAAGAUAAAUAAAAUGGGCAUGUGGUCAUCAGACACAGCUGAAAUAUUUUUUGAUGAUGUCCGUGUGCCCUGCAAGAACAUCAUCGGCCAGGAAGGCAUGGGCUUCACCUAUCAGAUGCUUCAGUUCCAAGUAGAGAGGCUCUGGGGUGUGGCCAAUGUGUUGACUGCGAUGGACAACAUCAUUCAGGAGACCAUCCAGUACACACAGCAGAGGAAGAUCUUUAAGCAGCCUGUCCUCAACUACCAGGUGGUUCACUUCAGAUUAGCAGAGCUGCAGACGGAGGUCGAACUGCUCCGCUCCCUUCUCUACCGUGCUACAGCAAUGUACAUUAAAGGCAAUGAUGUCACCAAGCUGGCAUCCAUGGCCAAAUUAAAGGGGGGCCGCUUGGCCAGAGAACUGGCUGACAGCUGUCUCCAGUACUGGGGAGGGAUGGGCUAUACCAGUGAGGUGCUGGUCAGCAGAUUUUACAGGGAUUCCCGGUUAAUGUCGAUUGGUGCAGGAGCUGAUGAGGUUAUGCUGGGAAUCAUCUGCAAGUACAUGGACACACUACCCAAGAAGUGAUGUCAUUAAAUUUUGACUGUGGGAUUGAUGCCAUAACUGCUGAUAAUGUGCGAAUCAAUCAUAGCUAGUUGCUUAGAAGAAAAAAAUAGGUCACUUAACAGUAAGUGCAGUUCUGACAUACUGUCAGAGUUGAAACAGGUUGUGGUUAAAACGAAGUGCUUAACUGCUCAAACACAAAAUGACACUUUUGUUUUCAUGACCUUAUGACUUAAAUCUAAAUUUUUGUACUGAACAUGCUCAUUUAACAAUAAACCCUAUUUUUAGAAUAGAUUAAGCAAAAUAAUGUGCAUAAAUCACCUAUGUAAAAUAAAUACAUUUACAAUUUUA